UAAAACUGCUUCAAAACAAUAAUACAACUUUCUCCAAAUAUUAUCAUUCUUAUAAAAGUUAUAUAAUUUAAAUUUAAGGAAAAUACAAAAAGAACUUUUAAUGUUUUCAUUAUAAGGACCUGGGUUAAGCUUAAAAAAUGUAUAAAACUGUAAACAUUAAACUAUUUAAACAUUUGCUUCACAAUAGAAAACUGAGUACUGGACCCAGAAAUAUCUCGAAUUCCAUUUUUAGUAUUAAUUUUACUAGUCGAAGGCGAGAAUAUAUUAAAAAAGAAAUAAUUGGUGUGGUUUCUGAUGUUGAAAACUAUGUAAAAUUUGUGCCAUAUGUCAAAAAAUCUAACGUACAUAGUUUUAAUUUAGAAAAAAAUAAUUACAAAGCAGAUCUAAUUGUUGGAUUCUCACCUCUAACUGAGUCUUAUACUUCUAAUGUCAAAAUUGUGCCACCAAGUUUGGUUAUAGCGGAAUGUGAUGAUGGUCAUUUAUUUAAAUAUCUUAAAAAUGAAUGGAGGUUUAGUCCUGGAUUAAGGGAUAUUCCUCAGUCAUGUGUUAUCGAUUUUAUUGUAUUAUUUGAAUUUAAAAAUGUUUUUCAUAGUCAAAUAGCGAAUUUAUUUUUUGAUAUUAUUUGUGAUCAAAUGGAACACGCUUUUCACAAUGAAGUUCAAAAGCGUUAUGGGGAUCCUUCUAUUAGAAAUGUUAUAUUAUCAUCUAAAAAAACUUGAAAAAAUAUUAGUACAAAGUAAUUUAUUCGGAAAUGUUGUAUCAAAUGUCACCAAAGAAAAAUAAAUAGCAUAUCUUUUACGCUGCA